AUGGGCAGGACCAGAAAAUCAAACUAUACGACGGUUUCCGCUGUGAGCGAACAUCCAAUGACGGCGGUGGAAGUGGUUGCUGCGCCUUCAUUGGGGAAAAUGAAGAAAUUCGCGAGCAGCAGAGAAGCUCUCGGUGGAUUUGAUUGGACGGUGGAGAUGAAACGUGAAGAAACACGGUCGGAUCAUCGCAGAGGUUACUCUUCCGAUGACAAAGAGACUAUGCUUCCAAGCACGCCUCUCACUCUGUGCUCGAGACAGAAGAGUGAAGUUAAUCUGUGGAAGAGAAGAACCAUGGAUCGACCAAAACCACUUCAAGUCAAAGCUACUUAUUAA